UUCAAAACUUCAGAUUGCAUAUAUGAGGAAGACGAAGAUAUCUUGUGGGCUUAAUGGGCCUUAUAAUUAGGGCCACGAUGAGGGCCACGAAAUAUCACGCAACGGUUACAUAAAAAGUCAAAAGAAGACAAGUCAAGGUCAAACCAUUAACUAAACCACAGAAGCACCAGAACCAUAAACUAAGAGCUUCUCACUGACCACUCCAAUGGCGAACCACUCCAUUUUUCCAUUGAUAUUUAUGCUGACCCAAACUGCUACUUAAAACUCCUGAGCUCAAAGUCCAAAGACAGUAUCGACCCACAAACUCUCAAGCCGCAAAACCAACAAUCUUGCUCAUAUCCAAUGGCUCAGUCCGCUCCAUCAUCUCGAACGAAGCGGCUUACAGUUUUCAAGAUGGGUUUAGCCUCUGCAAGCGUCCGUUUGGUUAGCCUCGCUUCUCAUUCGAAGAGGAAGCUUUGUCGUUGGGUUACCUGUUAUGGCUCUAGAGAUUAUGAACCUGUUAUACAUCUCCAAAAUGACACGACGAUGAUGAACAAUGGUGAUGUUUAUGAUCCAUACAACGGGGACCCGAGCAUGUUGCUUAGUGGGGAUCAGAGACGAGGUCCGCUGUGGCAGAAGAACAUUCUCAUGGGAGGAAAAUGCCAGCUUCCAGACUUCUCAGGUGUUAUAUUGUAUGAUGCUGAUGGAAAAGUUGUUCCUCCGGCCAAGAACUCUCUUCCUUUGCUCACCUGGAAGUAA